GGGGGAGCCGGGCUGCAGAYCGAGCUGUUGCUGCCUGCUUUAGCCAUCACUCACACCCUUCUCACGGCCCGGGAAACUACAGCCUGCCAAGAUGUGCAAGGGAUUAGCAGCGCUGCCCCACACGUGCCUGGAGAGGGCCAAGGAGAUCAAGACGAAGUUGGGCACGCUGCUCCAGAAGCCUGACUCGACCAUCGACCUCAUCAUCCCGUACCCGGAGAAGCCGCCCAAGGCCCAGAAGCCAUCUCCGGAGGAGGCUCUGCAGUGGCGCGAUUCCUUGGAGAAGCUCCUGCAAAACCCCUAUGGGCUGGCCAGCUUCCGCAGCUUCCUGCGCUCCGAGUUCAGCGAGGAGAACGCCGAGUUCUGGGUGGCCUGYGAGGACUACAAGAAAACCAAGUCCCCCGUGAAGAUGGCAGAGAAGGCCAAAAAGAUCUAUGAGGAGUUCAUCCAGACCGAGGCACCCAAAGAGGUGAACAUCGACCACUUCACCAAGGCUGUGACCAUGAAGAACCUGGUGGAGCCGUCACCAACCAGCUUUGACAUGGCCCAGAAGAGGAUCUUUGCCCUGAUGGAAAAAGACUCCCUGCCCAGAUUUGUGCGGUCGGAGUUUUAUCACGAGUUAAUCAAGUAGCGAUGCGGCAGGGCUGWGCCAGGCAUCCCCACUGCUUCUGUCCAAACACCUGCUCCUUCUCCUGCAGCCGCUUUGCUUUCUCCAUGCCACCCUASAAGAGCACCCAGGGGUGUUGCUGAACACCUCCCCCCGUGCUUUGGACUGUCAGAUGUCCUGGUGUUUCCUCUCUUAGCAUCUCUUUCCUCUCCCACAACAGACCAAUUCACAGAAAUCCUUGGAUUUGGGACCCAGAAGGGUGAGGGAGCAGCCCCAGCUCCGCAGUGACCAGGAGCCCUUGCCCAGCUGGCACAUCCCUGAUGCUGCAGAGUUCGUUGUUAUCUGGAGGCUCUGAGGUGCCAACUCUGCCUUCAAAGGGCUCUUCAUGACAUGAAAAUUUUUCUCCCAUUUGUUUUGCCACAUUUGUUUUCUCCCAUUUGUGUUGCCCAUUUUGCUGGUUUGGCCCAGGCUCGCUCCCUCCUCCCAAAUUCCCGGAGUGCUGCUGACACUGCUUAGGUACCCUCAGGUGCUCCCAUCCCUGGCCAWGGCGCGGGUGAGACACGUCCACGCCUGAUUGGCAUCACCUUGUCUUGAGAAAGCAGCCAAUCAUCAGGGACAGUGACAGCUGGCAGGGACAGGGGCACGGCAGGGACAGCAGUGACACCGUACAGCAGAGAUGGCACUGUGACACGCUCGGCAGGGACAGCUGUACGGCAGCGCCGGGUGCCGCGGGGGGCAGAGCGAGCCUGUGGCACUGCUUCCCAGCAGCUCUGCUCAGAGCAGCCUGUUUGCUUCACCCUAAAUACACAACCAGARGAUAAACGAGACCUGCUGGUCCAAAACACCGGGGCUGUUUAGCAAGCCAGACCUCCUGCUCUCUCCAGCCUUUGCACGGAGCCCCCAGCUCCCGGUGUCCCAGUGUCACUGCACUGCUGGGACACUGGGGUGUGCUGGGUGCCCCAGUGUCACUGCACACUGGGGUGUGCUGGGACAGCUGGGCAGCUCUGGGAGCUGCUCCGGGGCUCUCUUGCUCCUGCUGCUUCUCUCUGCAGUAGGCACACCAAGGCAAUGCUUCUGCACAAACCCAACAGAGGGGCGCCGAGCACAGGAGGGAGGAAAGAAAUCCGAAUUCYUUCAUAAUGCUGGGGGGAAAGAAAGCUGAAAUUCCAGCUGUUCAGAUCCAAUUUGAAAAAAUGCAAAACAAACUCAAAAAAACAAACUCAAACAAAUGAUUGGAAAGGUGAAGAAUGAUGCCCUGGCUUGUAGAACAGCAUGUAGACUCUGCUGAGUUUGUACAGCCUGCAUCCCUCUCUCCUGUCUCCUCCCAUCUGCCCAGGACAUGUUUCCAUAGCCUGUCUCUGAAAGGACCAGCUGUUUUCCAAUGGUUCAAAGCCAGCCCCCUGCUAACAGAAUAAAUCACACCUGAGGAUGGGGCAAGGCCAUACACGAAAAGCAGCUGGGGUCUCAUUUCAGCCUUGAGGGAAAUGUGCUAAACCCCCUGCUCCAUGGGGCCUGGAUGGUUCACCCCUGUGUUGGUUUCCUGGUGAAUCAUCCACAGGGUCAUGGCUUGCAAAGAGCCGCUUCAGCUGGCAAAGUGACAAAUGCCAGCAAAACAGCAAAAUAUCCAUGGCUGUGCUGCCCCUAAAGUCACCCUAAAGCAGCCCCCUACCCUGGGCUGCUCAGCCUCGCUGCGAGUCAUGGGACUCCAUGCAAAACGCAGUAACGUAAACAACGGAUUUGCCAGCCUCUUCCAGACUCUCAAAAUCUGAUCAAAACCCCACCAGCCCCAAAUAUUUACACGUUGUCACUAUGGCGAUGAAGAAAAAUACAUCCCGAGCCGCAGGAAAUGGGCUGUGUUUUCCAGGCAGGAGUGGGGAGGCAGGCGAAGGAUGGGGGCCGUCACAAACGUGACUCUUUUUUUAAGCUCUGGAGCAAAAGGCCUGGGAAAGUCGGUGCUGGAGCAGCAGGGGUGAUGCUCACAGGCAUUUCCCUGGGGUGGAUGCAGAGGGUGGCCCUAAAGAGCCCGAGAGRGCCCGUGAGCAGCAGGAGGGUCCCAUCAGAAGGGCACAGGACACCCCAGCAGUGCCCACCAUUGAGGUGGGCAGCGAGGGGGAGGCAGCAGCAGGGCUGGGUGUGGGAUGGRGGCUCAGCCAGCCCCUCUGCUGUGGAUGCUCCCCCCACCUCUGCCUGCACACACUCCCUGCACCCUCCCAAAUUUCCACCAACUGGUGUCGAUACAAGUGGGAUCAGCAUGUUCAAGCUCCUCAUUCACAGCGUGACUCAGAAAUGCAAAACCGAACAGGCUUCCUCGCAGAAAGACCCGGAUCUUUCAUUUCUGCUUAAUCCUUUGGCAGCUAUUUCCAGAUUCCCUCACUCGUUUCACGGUUCAGUGCCGCCGCCACCAGCGCMGUAAGGCCGGGAUGCUGCUGGAGGCUCAAUUGCCACGCGCCAUCAAACCCUGAGACGUCACUGCUGCGGCAGCGACACGCGGGGCGGGGAGAAGGUGUCUAGGUAUGUAUGUGCUGAAAAGAAAGGCGUAGGCUGGAUUCAGGAGAGAUGGGACAGCUCUGUUGGAAACCCCUCCCUGGCUCAAUUUCUGCUAAAMUGCUGGAAGUCUGCUUUGGGGGAUGCCAGUGAUCUGCUACGUGGCUGUAAAUUGUGGCCACUGAAGCGUUUUUUUGGAGCUCUUGGGAAGUUGUGUUUGUGUAGAAGGGUCAUUUGGCUAAUUACUUGGGCAGGCUUGCCCAGAAAGGUGGCAACACCUGUACCAACCCCAUGGCCCAGCUUUCCACAGGCCUGGAGGUAUUUACCUGAUGCCAACCAUCAUAUCUCUGGUAGGAAAUCCUUCCUGUAUUUUAUCACUGUAGCUCUCAUGAAGUUUGGCUCAUAUAGCUCUAUAUACACAGCACGUACAUCCAUAUUCCUAUAGCCAUAAAUGAAUAUACACACACAUAUACACACCUGUAAYGUGGGCAAUGGAGCCCCUGGCAGCCACAGAGCCAGAAAGCAGAGUUUCUGGAUACACUGCUUGGGAUCCAUCACGGAGAUGAGGGUGCCUUGGUUUGGUGAAGUCCCAGACCCUGUUGAGGGAUACCUUGGCCAUUCACCUGAGCAAACACAAAGGUGCAUCUUCCAAACAAUCCUCUGGAAUGCUCACCCUGUGCCCGUGGCUGCUGUGUGCCAUCUGGGCUGGUGCAGGAGGCAGGUCUCGUGCUCCCCCARGGACCCCAAUCCUGCCGUGGGGCAAGGCAACCCCACGCUGCAGCGGGGCAGGGGCACCAGGCACUGCUUCCAUGCCUCCCUGCCAUGGGUACAAUGGGAAAGGGUUCCCUGCAGCUGCAGCCCUCAGGUGAACACCAGGGGAUGUUUUGUUGUAUGCUUUAUGGUCACUUCAGCCACCCGGAGCGUCGCACCUUGUCUGUCAAAGGGGGAACUACCCAGCUCUUGCCCAYGGGCUGAGGCUGGGCUCUGCCAGUGUGCCCAGUCCCAGCCUUGGGCACUGCCAAAGCCCAGUGGCUGAGGGUGUCCYAGAGCUCGUCCAGGCUCCCUCAGGCCUUGGUCACUCGCUGGAGGUGCUGCACACUGUGGCCAGGGGCUGCAGCAAGGUCAGGAGRGCGCAUCAGUCCCCCACACCCGUGAGCUGCAGGUUUUCAGUUUGAAGUUCUCCAUGGGAUUUCCGCUGGAGGUCUUCACGUGGGGAAGAUGUGAGGUGCUGGUGUGCACYGAGGAGCUGUGUUAACCCAUGUUCAUGUACCACUCAGUAAUCCUCACAUAAACAUGUAUUUCUGCUACUGUC